AACGAUCGGUGAAACAUCGGUGAUUGCCACGAAUCUUCCUACCAAAACGAUCCUAAACAGCGUGUAUGUAGUGCAUGGUUUUCGAAUCGGAUUAGUUUCUUGGAUAUUAGUUAACGGCCAAAAUGUCGUCGUCGGCGUCGCGACGCCAUGACCCUAAUCCUAACGGCGGGUCGGUUUAAAAAGACCAGUCGUUGCUAUGCGCGCAAAGUUCGGAGGGUCUUCGUAACCUUCAUGGGAUUAACGUGUCUCGUCGCAGAUGAGUGUGGGCAGAGUGGCGGUGAUCCAGACAGCGACGAAGACGUCAUCAUAGACUACCAUCUGGCCGAGAUGCUGCCACGGCCAGGACCGCUGCCCACCAUCAGCGUGACCCCACAUUCGCCGGCGAACAAGACUUAUCCGGUUCUUGAGGACACCCUCCACCAGCUCAGGGAGCUCCACGAAACAGUCGAGCGUAUGAUCGAUGUCACCGGAAGACGAAUAAAAAAUCCGAAUAUUAUUCUAGAGCCGCUGCUAAUUCACACGCGACUGAGCGCAAGUUGUCCGACGUUGAACGAAUCCGUGCCAGAACUGGAAACGCUCGGGGGUUCUUUAGGUUCGUCACCUCUGCAUCAGCCGCACAGCAGAAAGGGAAGCGGUACGCAAGAUUGGUUAUGUCAACCGGAAGCGCAGAGGAGGAGAUCAUGGACGGCGCUGGAGGAUUUGAGUGGAACCAAGGAGAAGACGAAACACGGGAGGCAAAGAAGCAUGUCUUUGAGCAGUAUGGAAUCGGAUCCAGAUGAAUCUUCCAUUAUAGAUAACGUGGAUGGCGUGGCGAAGAGACUUCUGGGAGCUUCGGAUCCUUCGGCGGUUUCUGUUAGUCGGAGAGGCACUAGGACAGGUGGUGGUGCAAGUACUCAUUCCUUGAACGAAGCCGAUCUUCAGAAUGAUUUCAAUAAAAUCAAAGCAAAACGCGAGGCGGAACAGCUGAGAUUACCGGCGAGGCUUCCUCUGCAGAAAUCCGUAUCGACACCUUCCAUCAUCGCCGUUCGAGAUUUAGUUCCUGAGCCAGCCCUAGUCGGAGCCCAACCGACUCUGCCGAUCUUGGUGUGUAGGGGCAGACCGAGCGGAACGGAGAGCGAGACCGAGGAGGAAGUUUGUCGUUCCACACGUGCCCAUUACGACCCUCAUCACAUCUCCCAUCUGCACCACGUCGCCUACGAUCCGCAGCUGGAGAAGAGGAGGAAGCGCGGAAGUCUGUUCUUCAGGAAGAAAAAGGAUAAAAGCAAGAAAAUCACCCAUCAAUGGGUCUCGGCUAGUUACGGUUCCACCCACAAUUGCGACUUCUGCGGUAAACUAUUAAGCAAUAAACCAGCCUUGUACUGCGAGAACUGUUUGACGACGGUGCACCAGAAUUCCUGUAAAGAUAACAUUUUGGAAUGCACGAAACCGAAAGGAUCUAAGAAUUCCGGUAAAAUUGGGGCUUUCGCAGUGUCGCAAUUAUCGAAUUCGAAAAGUUCGUUGACGAAACGCGGAUCCGGCUCGUUCAGCACGAGCAGCCAAAGCAGGAGGAGCCAGCUGUGCUACUCACCCUGGCGCAGGGUUGCCACCAAACUGGGAGUGAACCAAAUAUUGUGCGAUGAUACGGACCACAGCCACCACGACUCUGCUAGCUGCAGCUUCGCCGAAGACGUGCCCUUUGUGCAGCUGGAGUUUCUAUCGGACUCGCAGAUCACGGCGUCCGAUCUGUGCCCGGACACGAGUCUCGGUCUACACGAAGGAGAACCGGAUUCGUGGACAUCCUGCGUCGGGAAGGAAAUCGCAAGGAAACUUAAAGAGAAGGAGGUGAAGAGGCAGGAGCAUAUUUAUGAAUUUAUCCUGACAGAGAAACACCAUUGCAUCACGCUGCUGGUGAUGCAGAAGAUCUUCGUGGAUGGAUUGCAGAAGUACUUUCAUCUUGGUGCGAGAUUGGAGCACAUGUUUCCCAGGUUGGCCGAUUUGAUUGAACUUCAUUUGGGGCUGUUGUCCAGGCUGAGGCUUAGGCAGCGAGAAGCCCCUAUUGUGACGACAAUCGCCGAUAUUCUGCUCGACGAGUUCUCCAAUAUUCGAGCGACGAAACUAAAGUCAGCUUAUGGUGAAUUCUGCAGCAGACAUCGCGAUGCCGUUGAGAGCUACAAAUGUUACUUGCAAAGUGACGCUCGUUUCGGACAAUUCGUCCGACAUUGCCAGCAGAAUCCGCUGUUAAAAAAGAAAGGAAUCCCCGAAUGCAUACUGUUCGUAACGCAGAGGCUCACCAAGUAUCCUUUACUGAUCGAACCUCUGAUCAAAACCAGCAAAGACAAUCGCAAAGAGCAGGAGGCUCUUCAGAGAGCUUUAGCCUUGGUCAAGGAAAUUCUCGUUGAGGUUGACGCCCAGGUGGCCGAAAAAGAGAAGGAGGAUAGAAAACUUGAAAUAUACAAUAAGAUUGACGCCAAAUCGUACACCAUACAUCGCGAGAAUAAAUUCAAAAAAUCCGACAUCCUUCAAGGGAAUCGAUCGUUACGAUUCGAAGGCGUAGCCAUGCUCAUGCAGGGCCGUGGCAAAAUGCAAAUAGUUCUAGUCAUCGUCCUCUCCGACGUCCUGUUCUUCCUGCAGGAGAACUCCAAUAAAUACACUUUCUUCACACCCGACAAUAAAGCCGGCGUGGUGAGCUUGCAAAAGCUGUUGGUCAGGGAGAAAGCGGGACAAGAAUCGCGUGGAAUUUACCUGAUUUCAUCAAAUCCAGCCGAUCCGGAGAUGUUCGAGCUGAAGGUGCAUAAACCCAAAGACAAGCAGGUCUGGAUCCAAGCGAUCAGAUCUGCUGUUCAAAAUUGUCCUGAGGACGAAGAGGACAACGCCGCCAUGAGUCAAGAAGAGAAGCAAACACUUUUAAAUGCCAAACAAACUCAGAUCAAGCAUUUAGUUGACUCUGAUAUGGACAUUGAAGGUCUUCUGAGACAGAAGGACGUGGAACUGGCGCUACUUUUGGAGGAGAAAAUGUCACUGCAGUUGCAGAUGUUGGCGGCAGCCGGCUUGGAGCCUCCGUCUCCUCCAGGUUACAGUCAUUUGGUCAAUGAGAGCGCGAACACUGAUCAGAUGUGGAAGGAGGUGUUAACUGUAGUGAAUGAAUGGAAUCAACUCGUGGCUACUUCUUUGUUCGCAAACGGUACGAAUUUGGCGAGAAGCGUUAGCUCGGCUGGAGAGCAUCAGAGCAGCACCUACGUGUCUCCGAUUCUUCCUAAGAGGGCGGAAACGUUCGGAGGUUACGAUAACAGUAAUCCAGGUCCUCUGAAGCUCUUUGGAAGAAAGCUUUACACCGGUAUUACGCCGACAAUGCUUGGGCCGGAUCUCGAGAAUUUGAAGUCCGGAGAUUCCAGAUUAUUUGAGAAGCUUCCGUAUAGAAAUUGCGUUCUGACUGCUCCACCACCACCGAUGACGAACGGAAAUACGUUGACGACACCAUGCGAACCAAAUUUGGUUGUUAAUCAGGAGCAUGUCUUGGACAAGGAACAACAGUACGUUGCAGGACAAUUGUCGCAUUACGUUUACACCUUCUUCUCUGUGAUAUCGCAACUGAUGACCACCAACGAUUGCUUGCAAGCGCAGGUGGCGACGAUGAAAGGUGGUGGCGGUGAUAAACAUUACAGACACGAUCAGCAGCUGGAGGAGCUCAGGAAUCUGCAGGAUAAGUUGAACGCGGAGAAGGCGGCCUGGGCGGCGACCAAGGAACAGGAGAUGAAAGACCAGGAGGAGAGAAAAGCCGAACUGUUGAAGUGGCAGGAGCAGGUGCGUGCAGAACAGUCGGACGUGAAUCACCAAAGGGAGCAGCUGUACCGUAAGAUGGAAAUCCUCACGAAUCAGGGAUUGCUCAUAUCUCCGAACGUGGCGCUUCCCGUCACCGGACAGCUGGACGACAGCUCCGAGGAAAGCAGUCCUCAAUCCGAUAAUUCUUCGGCGGUUAGCAGCGGUGCGGCGCAUUCCACGUGCGAGCGCAAGAAAGAUCCCAAAUGGAAUAAGAGUCAGACGAAGUAUCAGAUCUCGAUGAACCUGAUCAGCAACAUCAACCAAGCGAAAGCUCCUCAGGUCUCCGUCAAGCAGCUCAUACCUUUGAAGCUUGCCUCUCGUUCGAGCUCGAAGAACGUGGGACAAGCAGUCGGACCUCAGCAGAUGACGGCGCAGGCGAAGAGGAACAGCACCGGUUACCAGAGGCUAGGAAACGAGAACUUUAGUCCAACUUCAGGAGAAGCUGCAUCCGUAAAGCAGAUGAUCCCGAUGAAGCUGUCGUCGCGCUCGAGCACCGGAAACGUCCAGCAAAUGGCGCCUUCCGGUCCUCAGCAAAUGCUUCCAUUGAAGCUGAGCGAAGAGGAGAAGGUAAGGAGGACAAGCACCGGCUACCAACGGUUGAGGAGUGAGAGUUUCAGUCCACCUUCCGGUGAAACGACUCCAACCUCGAUUCACAGCAGGACUGGUUCGAGUCCGGCGAUGAUGCAGGCGUCUCCUCCUCCGACAUCAUCCUGUCCGCCUAUCCUUCAGCAGCCACCUUCAGCAGGAUCGAAAGCAUCGCGCACCAACACUUAUCCGAAACUCCCGGAUAAGUUCAAGGUGCGUACAGGGGAUCAGGUGGCGCCCACCGAUGAAGAAGUCAUAUACUUUUGACGCGACGUUCGCAUCAAGUGAACUUGGCGAAAACUGUUUCACAUUCGGCAGUCAAAAUAAUCACAUAUUUCUAUAGCUAAUGACGAUAAUAAUAAUAAUAACUAUGAUUUCUCUCGUUGCCAAAAAAAAAUAAAAAAUAAGAAAAAAAAAAAAGUUAAAAUAUAACAAAGAAUCUUUAGUAAAGAAUGAUGUUAAUGAUGUGUGUUGGAGGAAGGAAGAAAUUUCAAACUGACUGAUGAUAUAGCGUUUUUCUUUUUUCGAUUCGACUGUCCGUCGUGUCCGUUGUUGACUUUACUUUAGUCCUUUGAUAGUUUCUUACAACUCGCUUGUCUUGGGUCUUCCACAAGUGAUUAUUUAUAUUAUAUUAUUAUAUUACGAUCAUUAUUAUUAUUAUUAUACAAGAAGGACACUAUACAUAUAAUAUAUUAAUAUAUAAACUAUUUCCUGCCUUUCUUUAAUGAGGAAAAGUACUCAAUCUUAAGACAAUACAAUAAAUAGUUGUUGUAGAUGAAACUGGAGAUGAUAUGACGAUGAAUGAAGAAUACAAUACAAAGAAUAUAUAUAUUUACAUUAUUUUCUCUUGAGUAUAUACUUGAAAUCAAAGAUGAUUAUACAACUAAAUAUAUAUAUAUUUGAUGAUGAUUAAAUUAGUGCAUUUAGAAUUGGAAUCGGGAUAGAAGUUACAAGAAUUAUUAAAUUUACACAGAAAUGAUGAUUAACGAAACAAGAAAAAAAAAAAUUAAAACAUGUUAUUUAGAGAGACAGAGAGUUGUUGACGUUUAGCUUUCUUUCCGAAAGACGAAAAACUUAAAUAUAUAUAUAAAUAUAAUAAACAGAAUUAAUUGUAAUAAUCUUUUACUUGUGUGGAUUACGUGUGUAUGUCUUCGCGGAUCUGACGAGGAUUAAUUUAUAAUCUAUAUUUAUUUUUAUUAAUUUAUUUUAUAAACGAUUUAUUAUUAUGUUGC